GUAAAUGAAUUAUGGCGGCCAAUUCAGGCUGAAAAAAUAUGCAAUAUAUCUUUUCGAAAUUUAGCUGUUGUAACCAACUAAUCAUUUGAAAUAGACUGUAGAAAUUGAGUUAAGGGAUCAGUUAUGGAGGGAACUGUCGCAGGUGUGAGAAUUGUUCCUCCGGUGGUAGAAUUUUUCGAUGCUGAAUCAGACGUGGUGCACCAAAUGACCCUGACAGUACAAAACCUGAGCAAGUCUUCGAAGAGCAUCAGAUUUCAUGGACCUGCAUCGAACUGUUUCAGAUUAAAAGUGAAAAAUCUGGAUCAUGCUAUUGCACCUGGACUGGAGGUAUCAGGUCUGGUGGAAUAUUACACCACUAAGGCAGAAGAUGCUCAGGACAGAGUUAUACUCGUGGUUGACAAUGAUGUUGUUGAAAUUCCUCUUGUUGCGUAUACUCCUUCCCCACAGUUGGAACUGAGUGGUCCAGCUGAUUUUGGUGUAACAGUGGCUGAUGGCAAAGUCCUAACACGGGAAGUUUUUGUUGUAAAUGAAGGAUCCUUAACAGGAGAGUUCAAAAUAAAAUACAAUGGUAAUCAACCAAUCACAAUUAUGCCAUCUGGUGGCAUUAUCAAACCAGGAGCAAGGCAAUCCAUAAAGGUUGAGUUUAUCAGCAAGACUGCAGGGAAGUUUGAUGAAGAAGCACAAGUGAAACUAGAAGGGCAGUCUCCAACAACUCUUCAAAUCAUUGGUAAUGUAGUUGAAAGAUCCCUGGAGCUAUUGACAUUGGACACAGAAGAAAAUGUGCAAACAAUUAAUUUUGGUUCAAUUUACUAUGGCACUGACCGAACAGAGUGUUUUCUUAUUUAUAACAAUGGACCAGAUGUGGCUAACUUUGUUGUUAUACUGGAAGAAGGUGGAGAGGGUCAAGAAGUGGGUGUUGACUUGACCAAGAGUGCGACAGCUGUGUUGCUGUCUCAAUCAAAUUCUCAAGAUCUUGGUUCUGCUAAUGACUUGACAACACUGGUGACAGCCUUACCUAGUCAAGGCAUCCUUUACCCACAAGAAAAAAGAGAGAUUCACUUUAGAUUCAGUCCUAGAUACACCAAGUCUAGCAGAGGUUGGAACGCUGGUGAUCAGCCACCUCCAAGGAAAGAUUACACCCUUUUCAUGCAUAUAGAGACUGUGGGUAGCAUUGCUGGUAUCUCUGAUAAGUCUAUGGGUGGAUAUGGCACUGGAGGCUCCAGAGUUGAAGUUGCUGUUGUGGGUACAGCUUUACCAGUACUGCUAUCUAUAUCACCCAGCCCUGUGUUCAAGUUUGGAGAUUGUACUGUUGGUGAACAAAUUGAUGCCCUCUGUACUGUAAACAAUGAAUCUGCCAGUUUACCACUGACGUUUUCUCUCCAUUCUACGGCACACUUCCAUUUUUCUCCAUCACAGGAUCACAUCAAUCCUGGACAGUCAGUGGAUGUGUUAUUGACCUUCAGACCUAAUCAGAUGGGUAUCUUCAAACCUGUAGUUUCAUUGGAUGUUCUAGGAGGCAUUAUAGAGCAGUUCUCAUCUGAUGGUGGUGAUCCCUCUGCUGUUAGGAUGAUACCAAUUUAUACAACUCCUCUAUAUCUUCAUGGCACUGGCACCAGGACAACAAAUUAUCUUAAGACACAGCCACCAGCCGGAGUACCACAGAUUGCACACCCAAAUGAUCGGGCAACCAGCAUUCGACCAGCAAAGAAGGAUGAAAAUGUCAAAACGUUAUUCACUGGAAUCGAGAGAUAUACAUUUGUGGAUCCAGAUUAUGCUUUUACUGAUCAGGAAGAACAACAAAGAGUGGAACACGAACAAAAGUAUCUGGACUACAUAGCAACAUUGAGACAAAAUAGACAGGCUGACAAGAAGAGAAGUGAUUUUCACCGAUAUAAUAAUGAUACAGAUUUAGGAAUGAAAAGUGGCAUAGGUUUAAAACCUCCACAGAUUUCAACAAGAGAACUUAAAUCCCCAGAAACAACUUCUUGCCCUGUUAGUGAUGAAGUGAAGUUAUUGAGUUCCUUGACACUUUCAGCAGACAAGUCUCAGACACUAUUAAAGCCGUUGAGUGACGGCUUGAAUGCUGUACCCAUGACGGAAAGGGAGAAGCGUGAAUGUUCCUUAGUGCUGUCUCCUCAGCAGCUAAAACUUGUAGAUAUAGGCCCCUCUUUGAUGGACUUUGGUCAAGUCUGUCUGCGAUCUGUUAGCAGUAAAGACCUCAUGAUUGUUAACAACUUGAACAGUUUCAUCCAUGUUGUGGUUGAGAUUGAUUGUCGAGAGCUUCGUCAAACAUCUCCCUUGUCACAAGUGGUACCACCCAGCUCUGUGGCAAAGCUGGUUAUGAUGUUUGAAUCAAAUGUGAGAGGAAGGUUUGAAAGGAGUAUAGACUACAGCAUUAAUGGUUAUCAUCAGCAGCACAUUGUGGUCCUGGCAGAAGUUGUGUCUGUUGCUUUGGAGCUAUCAUCUGAUGAAGUUGUACUUAGAUCCUCUCCUGGCCUCUUAGCUGAUUCAGGUCUUCGAGGCUCCAUCACACUGUUAAACAAAAGGAACUACCCUGCAGAAUUUUCUUGGUCACCUGUUGUGGAUGAAAAGGGCACGGCAUUCUCCAUUAGACCAUCAAUAGGAACUGUUGAUGCAUUUACUAGCUUGGAAUGUGAGGUUAUUUAUCAACCAACAUUUUCAGCCCCUGAUGAAACUGAUUUCCUUGUUCAUGUAACUGGAGGGAGUGAUCUGAAGCUAAAAUGCAUGGCUAAGCUUGGCUCUGCUCACUGUGCGUUUGUAGAGAGAAGGCUUCUGUUUGGUUCAGUACCUCUUCAUUUAACUACAGUGAAGACAGUGUCCCUUAAAAACACCGGUCAUAACCAUGCUUGCUUUGAGGUUAUUGACACUCAUCCUAUCCCUGGAAUGAUCAUCUCCCCUAAGGAAGGAGUUGUCCCAGUUGGAGGAACAGCAGAACUUAAGGUGGAGUUUUCUCCUAACAGUAUCCACAAGUUUGAUACUCACAUCCAGGUGAAUGUGCGAGGGUGGAAGAUCAUUUCACUGAGAGUGGGUGGUACAAUAGAACCACCCUGUGUCGACAUUGAUGUGAGCUCAUUUCAGUUUGGUGGAGUCCACUGUGGUGCUUUAGCAACUAUUAAAUUUCAACUAAGCAACAAGACUCGUACUCAAGCAGACGUGGUUUUAGACCUGAGUAGAUUCCUGGACUUUUCACUUAAAUUCCUGGAUACUGAUCUUGAUGAUGAUCCGGUGGAUGAUGCUAACGGUGUUUAUCACGUGUCUUUAAGAGGUCAACAAAUCAUGGAUUGUGCUCUGAAAUUCCAGCCAUCUGAGGUUGCAUCCUAUGAUUUUGUCAUCCCUGUCAGCAUCAAUCACACGGUGGCUCCUACUCCAGCGCCAUCAACCUUCCCUCCUACACCGGCCCCCUCGCACAUGAACUGGACCAUCUCUGAGCUUAUUACUCCUGUACCCUCUUUGGUGGGUGUGGCUACUCCGAGCCGUCACGUGGUGGCAACUGCCUUGCGUCCCCCUCUGCAGCUGUCGCACUCUGUACUUGAGUUCCACCUUCCAUCUGGUUAUUUCGAGCUUGGUAUUGAGUCAGGGGCAGGACGGGCGCAGGGCUGUUUGUUUGUAAACAACAGCGAUCAACCCUUGACCUGGACUCUACACACCAAGGCUGCAGGAGCCCUGAUGGAGGAUGGCACCUUUAAAUUCCUUCACAGGACGGGCUCCCCUUUCACGCCGUCCUCAGCAGGAAAGAAGAGUGUCAUUCCUGACAUCACCCUGGACAGUGGAGAGACAUUUCAUCUUGGAGUACUGUUUACUCCACCAAGCCCAGGUCUGUUUGUGGUACAUGUUCCGGUGAUACUGAAUGGUAACAGAGACGUUCCAUACCGCACCCUGACCCUCAAGGGAGAACUACUCGCGCCCAACCUGAAGUUUGAUCCAGAAUGUCUUCGGCUGACGCCUGUGCCUCUUAACACUCAAGUGUCCGUUAAUUUCAACAUUAUUGCGAGGGGAUACAGAAGAGCAUCAGUGUUGGAUUGUGAAAUCCCAGAGGUGGAACUAGAAGACGGUAGCGUACAGUCGGUGCUGGAAGUGUCCUUUCCUGAUGGACAGUCAAUUCAGCCAUGCUGCAUUAACGAUGAUAAAGAUGAAGCUAGCGUUAUUCCAUGCACUGUGACAUUCCAGUCAUCCAGUCCGGUGACCUUCACCACAGCUAUUGUCUUCACAGAUGGAAAGGAAAAGUACGACCUGCCCAUAACUGCUACUGCUGACAAUUGUUUGUUGUCGUGUUAUCCUUUCCUGGCCGCACACCAAACAGACUUCCGCAUCAUCUGUGAACAACAAGAAAUAUCAAUUCAAAAUAAACAAACAGACGCCCAAGAGUAUCCCCCUGGGGAGCCUGUGUUCAUGCCAUGCAUAACCCCCAACCGCCCUCCCACAAUAGCUUCCACUAGUGCAACAAGCACGAGCUUUGGAAUCAGCACGUCAACAUAUCCUGAGUCUAGUAAUGAGGCUACAUCCUCCACCUACCCCUCCACGCCCCAUCAUGGGGACUCACAGCAUGGGGGUCCUGCUCGAGGGGUCUCUGAUGGAUCUGAAACAAAUGCGACCUUUGUUUUGGGACCUGGAGUUGAGAGUGAUGAAAGAAAGUUCAUGAGGAAAGUCGUUAGUGCCGUGCAGAGAUACUUCUCAUCACAGGCCUGGUCUGGUGGACCCUACCCAAUAGCUAUACCUCAGACCUUACGAUCUGCUCUCCAGGACACAAGUGAUCCCCAGAUGGGUGGUACAGGGGCUGCAAGGACAUCUAACUGGGAUAACAAUUCCAAAAAAGAAGUGAGGUCAGUGUUUGAUCUUGUCGGUCAUCUGUGUGGUCGCUCAGUGCCAGGAAUUCCACUAGCCUCCAGUCUCCCAACAUGUCCUGUUGACCGUGUGCGUCAGAUUCACUGGAUGUACUCUACACUGCUCACUUUCUUGAGAACGCAAGGUGCAAUGUUGUGCCAUGUCAAACCAGAAGACUUAUUAGAUUAUGCUGAUUAUCGCCGCUGGCAAAAAAUCCAUCGAACACUCACAGGAACGAAUGAAGAAGACUUUCGAAGUGACAGCGGCGCUAGCAAAUUUGAAUUAGCUCAAUUUGAAGCAAUCUCAGCUCAGGCGUGGACCCACAUCCUGUGUCAGCUGAUCAAGGUCUUGAUACUGAGCCGUAUCACCCCACAUCAGUUUAAAAAGCUUCAGUUGCCCAAUAAGAGCGUUCAUUUACCAGACGUAAAUCCCGAUCCACUGACGAGCAAUGUUUAUAGUGUGGGAGAGCGUAUCUUGUUAGCAUGGAUCAAUCAUCACUACAAUAUUCAGAGGAACAUCAACUGGCCUGCUGCUAUUGGCGGUUCCAGCCCUCCAUGUCGAUGGAUUGUGAACUUUGAUGUUGAUUUUAUGGAUGGACUGGUACUAGCUGCUCUCGUGAGCGCGCAUGUCCCAUUUGUUAUUUCAACCCAUCUGUAUUCCAUGUACACUCGUCCCAGUAAAGCCGAGCAGUGCCUUCAUAACGUGCUCAAAGUUGUUGAAGCUCUCAGACAUAUAGGCUUGGACUAUGACAUCCAGCCAACAGAUCUGACGGAACCGAACUCGAUCACAAUUCUCCUGUUAUGCAUUCAUCUGUACCAGCGGCUGCCUCACUACCUGCCACGCGCAACUGUUGCAUUUGAGGGUCCGCUACACGACACAGUAACAAAACAUGUUCGACUUCAGAAUCCCAGUACCAAGCCACUAGUGUAUCAGGUUCUUUUGGCGGGAAGAGAUGCUGCCGACUUUCGACUUCCAAUGGGAGACACAGUACAGGUUCCUCCUAAAGGACACCUUCAGAUGCCAGUAGAGUUCAAGAGCCGCUUUCUCAGACCGUGCAGUGGAACAUUAGUUCUUGUUGGCAAACGGGAAGGCAGUCCGUGUGGAAANGAACAGUUUACAAUUCUUUUAAUUCAUCAAAUACCAUUACGCUUAUUGCUGUUGCUUUAUAUUCUGUGCCCUAAAGCUAUCUGCCUGAAUUCUGUUCACGUCGUCUUUCGAGUACAGUUUUUGUUUAGUCUCGUGGAGUCUUACAGUUCAUUCAGGUUAUACGCAAUCUCUGUUCUGGACCUUUUGUGCCACACACGGGCAAGCGGGGAAAUAAUGGGCGUACUUGGUAUGGCAAGAACUUUAUCUAUGAACUACACAUAUAUACUGAUAGUUUGUUCUCUGUGUCUAACCAAUAGAACGCAAGGUGCAAUGUUGUGCCAUGUCAAACCAGAAGACUUAUUAGAUUAUGCUGAUUAUCGCCGCUGGCAAAAAAUCCAUCGAAAACUCACAGGAACGAAUGAAGAAGACUUUCGAAGUGACAGCGGCGCUAGCAAAUUUGAAUUAGCUCAAUUUGAAGCAAUCUCAGCUCAGGCGUGGACCCACAUCCUGUGUCAGCUGAUCAAGGUCUUGAUACUGAGCCGUAUCACCCCACAUCAGUUUAAAAAGCUUCAGUUGCCCAAUAAGAGCGUUCAUUUACCAGACGUAAAUCCCGAUCCACUGACGAGCAAUGUUUAUAGUGUGGGAGAGCGUAUCUUGUUAGCAUGGAUCAAUCAUCACUACAAUAUUCAGAGGAACAUCAACUGGCCUGCUGCUAUUGGCGGUUCCAGCCCUCCAUGUCGAUGGAUUGUGAACUUUGAUGUUGAUUUUAUGGAUGGACUGGUACUAGCUGCUCUCGUGAGCGCGCAUGUCCCAUUUGUUAUUUCAACCCAUCUGUAUUCCAUGUACACUCGUCCCAGUAAAGCCGAGCAGUGCCUUCAUAACGUGCUCAAAGUUGUUGAAGCUCUCAGACAUAUAGGCUUGGACUAUGACAUCCAGCCAACAGAUCUGACGGAACCGAACUCGAUCACAAUUCUCCUGUUAUGCAUUCAUCUGUACCAGCGGCUGCCUCACUACCUGCCACGCGCAACUGUUGCAUUUGAGGGUCCGCUACACGACACAGUAACAAAACAUGUUCGACUUCAGAAUCCCAGUACCAAGCCACUAGUGUAUCAGGUUCUUUUGGCGGGAAGAGAUGCUGCCGACUUUCGACUUCCAAUGGGAGACACAGUACAGGUUCCUCCUAAAGGACACCUUCAGAUGCCAGUAGAGUUCAAGAGCCGCUUUCUCAGACCGUGCAGUGGAACAUUAGUUCUUGUUGGCAAACGGGAAGGCAGUCCGUGUGGAAACACUCUUGUGUUUUCCUUAGAUACUUGCAUCACCAACAUUGUUCCUGUGGCAACAAUUAAAAGUGAGUCAGCAUGCUACGAACUUCAGAAGGUGAAUUUUGACGUCACUAAUCCAUUCCCGCUGACCGGAGAGUUCCGUAUCGUGUUGGUAGAAGCUCGAAAUUCAUUUCCUGCCUCCCCGCCGCCAAAAGCAAAGCUCUCCAAAUCCAACAAGAAUUUAAAGAAAGUCGAGUCAAGAACAGAUCACGGACAAAUGAACAAAUCACCGAGAAGAGACUUUCCGCCCAAAAUUGAACAACAAAAGACUGAGUCAGUAACAGCUUCUCCAGGUCCUAUGCUAAGCGCCUUCUGGUGUCCUGCCAACACAAUUCAUCUUGAGGCCAACAGCACAGGAGCAGUGCAAAUCCAGUUUUUACCUUUUGAUGUCGGUCAUAGGCAGUGCUCGAUUCUCUUUAUAAACGAUAAGAUUGGCGAGUUUCUCUAUUGCAUUGAAGCAAACGCCACCCUCCCCCUCCCCUCCCCGAUGCCAGUAGCGAAUUCCCCCCAUAGCAUACGGAUUAGUAGUGCUGCAGCAGCCCGGAGCGGUAGGGGAGCGUUCGGCGGUGAUGAGAGAGUGGUCUACUGGAAAUGCGAACAUAACGAGUCAUUUACGGAAGAUUUGUACAUUCCGCUCGUAAAUGAGGCAAGGGAGAAUGCUUUAGCAAUCGCCGCUCAACAGCGCAUGUCAGAGAGGGAGCUUCAACGCCGAAAGCUGACAGGUACGCUGGCCAGUUGUACCGUCACAGCAAGCGUGGCAGCGUUGGGCCUAGGCGGGGAUAAAUUCCUGCACCCUGGUGACACCAACACUAAAAAGGACCUUGAAAAAGCGGUCACGGCAUUCCAAACAGAAUUGAGUUCCAAGUUCUUUCAGGCUCCUUCUCAGGUCAUCAUCCCAGCGAGUAUCAGCAGAAAGAGCGUCGAGCCGAUCUCUGUCGCAGUCAAGUCCAGGCCACUGCGUGAUACAGUUCCAUUACCAGUGCUUUUCCAGCCCAAAGGACCUGGACACUACCCGUGUCAAAUUACUCUAAAAUCUGCGUAUGACAUAAGAGUGUAUCAGCUGGAAUGUACUGUGUGUCCUGAGGGCUCAGUUCUAGAGCUGGAGUUCAUCACGCCAACACAUCAGUCAGUAACGCAGGAUAUACCUGUGGUCAACCAAACUAAUCAGGACUGGAAUUUGGCGGCCACUUUAGAGGGGGAGGGGUUCCACGGUCCGCCUGUAAUGGUUGCAAAAUCCCACCUGACUACCAGCUACCCCCUGAUGUUCAAACCUUGUUACGAGGGACCAGUGGAGGGUAAGCUAGUGCUGACAAACACCUUAGAUGGCACAGAGCAGGUUUACAGGCUUCUAGGAACAGGACAAAAACCGCUUCCCCUAGAUCACAUCUUGAUAGAGUGUCCUGCCAAACAAAGUGCCACGUACACUCUGCAAGUUCCUAAUGUAACGAAAAGUAAACUCACCUUCCAGGUCAAGACCGAUCUUGAUAUCUUAAGUGGUCCAUCGUCGGUCACAGUCCUCCCAGGAAAGACUGCCGAACACGUGAUCACCAUUUCACCGUGGAAACGAGGCACGUUCACUGGAAUUGUUUCAUUUCUAUCCUCCGGGGAGCCCUCAGGCAGUUCUGAUGCGCUUAGAGUUGAAGGCGAUGACGAAAAUCUGAUUGACAGAAAGUCCCCUGAUGCUCAAGCUCGUUUGUCCCAGGAGCUCUCAGAUGAUCUCAGACGUCAACCCUAUCGUUUGUGGUACACGAUAGAAGUUCAGUCCUCAGCACCCAAUCCUGAGAGGACCCUGGAGGUAACGUGUGCAGCGCAUUCGGUAGUCGCAGUCGACAUAGCAGUGACUAACCCUACCAGAGAGAGACUUGUCAUGGACGUACUUAUUGAUGGCGUGGCUCUGUCUGGUGAGCCCACAGUCACUCUGCACCCUCGACAGCAAGUUAUAUAUCAAAUCAGAUUUGCCCCAACGGUGAUCGGUGAAUAUACUGGCAGUGUGAUUUUCCAGCAUGAAUCAGUGGGAGAGUUUUGGUAUGAUCUCGUACUCAAGGCAACCACUCCUCAACCUUCACACCUUCCCUCAAUUCACUGCGAGAUUGGCAAGUCCACUUAUCAGAUGAUUCGCCUUCAGAAUCCAACAGACGAGUCACUCGUUCUCUCUCCUCAUUGCUCAAACCCAGCUAACUUCAGUUUGGAGUUGGACAAUACUAAACAGAUCCUCUUGCCAUCGGCUGGUUUGCUAGAAAUUCCACUAAAAUUUACGCCAUCUGCUAUUGGAAAACUGCAUUCUGCCGAAAUUUCCUUCCAGUGCCCUCAGCUCGGCAGCUGGGUUUUCCUUGCCGCUGGUACAGGAAUGAUGCCAGGACCAGUGGAUCCUAUCAAUAUCUAUUCACAGCUCGGAGGCAACUCUUCAGUUAUAAUUCCGUUUAAAAACCCCACUGACCGCCAAGUGAUCGUGGAUGUGGUUAUGAAGGAGCGUCUAUUGUCUAGGAGUGGCUCCUUGUUCUCAAGCUUACGCGGCAGUGACAGCCAACCUAAAGACUCGGUAUUUUGUCUCCUGCUUAAACGAGCUAAGAGUAUCCUCUUGGAGCCUGGUGCUUCUUUAGAUAUCCCGAUCUCCUUUGCGCCCGACAGCAUGCAGCUGCACGAGGCCACGGUCACUGUGACUGUCCACAGAGACACGGUGGACACGUGGGAUGGGAACUAUCCAAGCGUGAUGAGCACGCGUAUGGUGAAUGAUCUUCACUGGAUUUACCCCGUCAGGGGUAUCCCUGAGUCGCAUCCUAUAAAAGACUCUCAAGCCCCUUGUAUCGAGUGCAAGGCUCGCAGUCGAGUGGAGGAGAGAGUGGAGGUAACGCUGACUGGUCUGGCUCCCAAUACCGGCGGCUCAGGUUUUGGGAGGUACCCUAGCGUUACUCCCAUCAAUCUUUUAGGGCGACAUAUGCCUGGAGAAAUGGAAUAUGGAGUGGACUACUUGAACGUGCCAGAAGAGUUUAGGUACGAACUUAUUUACGAGGACGCAGAAUGCCAGUCGUGCCUUGAACGAUCCCUGGGCGUGAGUCUGUUGAGAAAGAUCAAGAAUCAAGUGUCAGGAGUGGUGAUUCUUGUGUUCAACUUCGUCUUUUCACCAUUCAAGCCAUUUAGCCACAAGACUCAGUUAAUGAUAUCGGCGGCCUCUGGUGGAGUUUGGAGAUUUCCUGUAAGAGUGUUAGCUACUGAACCAGAAGUAGACGAUACGAUCACAAUCGAGUCUGUUGGACUGAACAAAGAAUCUGUUGUGGGCUUCAGGAUGACAAGUCAGAUGAGACACACGCUGGCGUUUGAAGCAUUUUUCGCUCCCAAUUCUGACCUGGAGUUUACAGUCACUCCUACAUCCGGGGAACUAGCUCCGGCAGGUAGCGAAGGAACACUUAUCAGGGUGGCGUACAAGCCCCAAAUAUACGGCAAGACCCAUAAGGCUAAACUAGUGGUUCAGACCUCAGACGUACAGUGGACGUAUGACAUCAUAGGCACAACCGCUGACUAUAGCCCGCCUAACAUGCGGUCGAAACUUGUCUCCACCAGCGCCAACUCCUCACGCCGAGCUGUGAAACAAAAGAAAAACUACAUACUCGAUAACUUGAAGCUGCAAAGCACCGCAGUAUCGUCUCCAUACAAGGGAGUUAGACUGGUGUCGCGUUCAGCCAAAUAAACACAUUCAAGUUUGCACCUUGUGAAACAGCUGUCUUGAAAUAAAUUGUAAAUUGUUAGUAACACAUGUAUCAUAUGUACAUACAAGACCAUACAGUUUCCAAAUCAGACAUUUUAUUUUUAUAUGUGAAACAUUCUCAAAGCGUCGUUUGUUGGUUUUUGGUGUAGAAUAUUUCAUUUUGUUUUCAAAUUUUCCACGGAUAAAUCACUGGACUUUAAAAUAAACGCGUUUGUUGAACUGGCCAUGGUGUCGUCACUUUUUUUAUAUAUUCGUCAUUGCCUUUCGUGUAAUGACGACUUCCCCGGAAGUGAAAAGUUUUCGUCGAUGGUAAUAACAGUUGUUGCGUAAAUUGUUGUCACAUUCUGUUCGCAUUCUAUAACAACGCACUUAUCGCAAUUUGUAAUAUUCCGAGCUGUCGUAAAUUGCAUUAACAGUCUGCUCAUGGCUUGUAAUUGUUAUAAUGUAAGCGUCAGGUUUGUAUUCUCUCCUGUUAUUUAACUUUAAAAAGGUUGACGUGCAGCUCUGCGAUUAAGUCAGAAAAUUAUUUUGCUUUGUAUCUUGAGUUUGUCGUACACCUGUCGUACAAUUUCUCCAUGCUUUAACACGCAUCAUCGAGUUACAAUGCAAGCGGGAAUUUUGGAAAGCAAUUUUCGGAAAGAAUUGACCAUUUUGUAGUUGUCUGCUCAGUGACCUGGCCUUUGACUGGCAGCAAGCUCG